ACCUACAAUUUAGAAACAUCUGCGGUGCGCAUAGGUUUUCACCAGUUCAUUUAGCCACCAGUUAAUCUAUAACACCGGGGGACGGGGACAGGGACUAGGAGGUGAACAACCGGGAACAUUACAUUAACAGUAGGCUCUCCGGUGUACUCAGUAUAAGCACUUCUAUCGGACUUAACAGGUUCGCCUGCGUAAUGGAAGCGGACGGGUUUGUCCCCUCCUCGACCCUGGAAUCGCCGGCUGUUGAAAGGCGGGUCACGGGCACUAUAGCCGCGACGGGAUUUGGGAUUCUUGGCAACAGCGUCUUGGAUGCCACGGGGGGCUUCGUCGGGUCCUUUGCGCCGAGAAUGACGGGGGAGCCGGAUUUUGUCUCCAUGUUGCACCGAGCAACUCCCGAGCCCUCGGCCUCCGUUGAGCCAGAAGCAGACUAUGAAGGACUGCCUCAAGGAGCAGCUAGCAGCACACAUAUGCUGGCUGGAGCUGUGGCUGGAAUCAUGGAGCACUGUCUUAUGUAUCCCGUCGACUGCGUCAAGACCCGUAUGCAGAGUUUGCACCCGGAGCCGGGGGCGCGCUACCGUAACGUGAUGGACGCGCUGCGGCAGAUCGUACGCACAGAGGGGUUGUGGCGCCCCAUCAGGGGGGUCAACGUGCUGGCCGUGGGGGCCGGACCUGCACACGCUCUUUACUUCGCUUGCUAUGAGAAAAUAAAGUUUUCACUCAGCGACGCAAUUCAUCCGGGCACAAACAGCCACUUUGCAAACGGUGUAGCAGGUUGUGCAGCUACUGUCCUGCAUGACGCUAUCAUGAACCCAGCUGAAGUUGUAAAGCAGCGGAUGCAGAUGUUCAACUCGCCCUACCGCGGCGUUCUGGACUGCCUGGGCUCCCUGCUGAGACAGGAGGGUCCGGCGGCCUUCUACCGCAGCUACACCACGCAGCUGACCAUGAACGUGCCGUUCCAGGCGCUGCACUUCAUGACCUACGAGUAUCUGCAGGAGCUGCUGAACCCCCACAGACAGUACAACCCGUCCUCGCACGUCGUGUCGGGCGCUCUCGCCGGCGCCCUGGCUGCCGCGGCAACCACUCCCCUCGACGUCUGUAAGACGCUCCUCAACACGCAGGAAGCUCAAGCCGUCCAUGUGAUCCAGGCUGGAGCGGCAGCAGCGGCGGCCUCGGGUCCGGAGAGCCGCUACAUCUCCGGUCUGAGCGAGGCGUUCCGGACUGUGUACCGGACCGGAGGCGUGCCGGCGUUCUUUAAAGGCGUCCAGGCCAGAGUCAUCUACCAGAUGCCUUCCACCGCCAUCAGCUGGUCGGUCUACGAGUUCUUCAAGUACAUCAUCACGAAGCGGCAGCACGAAAAGAGGCUGCGUGGCGAUCGGGACGGAGACAAAUGAACCAGAUCUGGUGUUGCUAAUAAAUUCUCAGCUCCACAUUCGGUUCACAAAAGAAGGCGGGUUAAGGUUCUUGGCGCAAAAAAGUCAACUUUAUUUUGUUUACAGAAAUAAUGUGUAGUUCAUAUGAAAGUCCAGGGAAGGCAAGUUGACCUUUACGGGCUCUGAGUUCAACUCGGCGCCUGGAGGAAGCAGGAAGUUGUGACUCCAGCUGUGUUUUAUUCUAGCGUUCUUCUUGAUGAGCAUCUCCUAACUGGCUUUUUAAAGAAAAACGGAAAACAUCACGGACAUGUAUAGGAUGUAAAAGGUGCAGCUAUUUUCUAACCACCAGAGGGCGCAGUGUUGCACAGAUGCAACAGGAACGACCUAUAAAAACAUUGAGAAGAUUUAGGAGAGCGUUUGAGUUUGCCCCGUUUUUGCACAUUUCCGAAUGUUAUUAGCAGAUGACUGGAAGUCAAACUGUUCAGAGCAAAGAAAUAAGGAAAUGAAAACAAGGAAAGCAUCAGAAGAUAUCAGUAUGGAGCCAACAGAGAGAAAUGAUCACUGACAAAAGACAUGGGCCGGCAAGAGACGCUCGGUUUCAUGGUAUCACGGUUUUAACGCACAUGAUAUUAAUGCUUAUUCCUGAUUAAAUAAUAUAAUUUGAUACACUUAUUAGGGCUGAAAUUAUCGUCAACUAGUUUAGUAAUUUAAGUUUGCACUCAAAAACAAACCAUUUGCUUAAAGAUUAACAUUGUCGGAGCAGCAGUUAAGCCAAAGCUGUACAAAAAAAAUGCAUACAUUUAGCAUUUAAUAUGUAAACAAAUAAUUUUUUUGUCUGUAAAAAUUAUAUCUAAUUUAUUUCUGUUUAUAGGUAGGUAAAGUUUAUACCUACCUAUAAACUGUAGGUAUAACUACAGAAUAUAUAGUUAUACCUAAUAUCUCUAUGCUGAGAUUGAAAUAAAAUGUUUAUUCGGGGAACAAUUUUAGACUUUAAACCUGAUUCUGAAAAAAAUCAGUUUCUAACUUAAAGACUCACUUUAUUUUGGUAAGUUAGCAUUACAAAAAAAGAGAAAAAAACUAAAUACUGCUUUACAAGCCAAUAAAUUACUUUUUUUUAAAAAAGGGAAUUGACCUAAAACUUGUUACUGGUUGAUUUGAAAUCCUUCUUUUCUGGAUAUUUAGUGAAUAAUUUCAUCCAAAAAAAACUCUUGAAAAGUUGCGUUUGUAUCUUUAUUUAAAUAUAUUAAUUGGAGUUAAGAAAGGCGCAGAGGGCCACUUCUGGGUCCGGAGCCACAAGUUGCAGACCCCUGGUUUAAGCCAUGAUGCUGUUUAAUCUUUUCAGUUUGGUUUUGGUCGAUACGCCGGCCCAUUCUUACCUGACUUUGAAAAAUGUUCUCUCUGUCUUCAGGAUCCAUUCGGUCAGGCAUAUUGCAUUCUUCCUAAGUGAAUUUUAAACACUGUUUUUAUGUAUAUCCCACAAAAAAGGUGAUGAGAGUCUUUAUUUUUGUCAGUAUUUUGUACUUACACUACAGUAGCACUUUUAUUCGACUUGGUACAGAAGCUCUGAUAACAAAACCGCUCACACGCCUUCAGCUAGCCGCCGUACAGCCAACGCACAGCUAAACAUGCUCUUGUUUUGAAGCCAUAAACUGGAGAUAAGAUGUAGAAAUGUAUUUAAAGAUAUUUCAAACCCCCCACCCCCAAAACUUUUAUUUUGAAGAGGAAUCUAAAUUUGUACGAUGUGCUGUAAAUAUUCAGAGCUUUGCACCUUGAAAGAAAGCCUGUAUGUGUGGCAAGCCGAGUUUUAAAUCCUGGUAAGCCAAAGACUGAGAGCUAGUAAAGGACAGGAAGUAGUUUGUCUGUUGAACACGCUUACUAUGAAAUGCUUGAACAGUGUUUGAAAGAGACACCUGCUUUUUGUGAAUUGUAAAUAAACAUGGUAAAGGCAGCUCCUCGCAGAAGCAGGGUCUUCUCUUGGUGCUGGCUGGCCAAGCGCUGAGAGACCAGAAA